AUGCAGAACCUCAUCCACAGCUUCAUCGAUCCCCUCCGCGAUCGCUUUGCGCCCAUCAACAAUACGUCCAACUUCCGCGCCACCGGCCAAAUCACCGUCGAUGAGUUUGUGUCCGCCGGCGACUUUCUCGUCUUCAAGUUUCCYAGCUGGAGCUGGGCCGAUGCAGCCUCCCCCUCGCAACGAUCACCACAUCUGCCGGUUGGCAAGCAAUAUCUCGUCACUCGCGGAGUUCCCUGUCGCAAGCGCAUCAAGGCGGAUGAUUUUGCGGGAAGUGGCGAUGAUGACCAGCUCAUCAAGGACAUGCUCAAGGAGACGGGUGUGGAGGUGGCCGGCGAGGACGACGGUUGGCUGAAAGCGGGAGGAAACAGUGGAGGGGAAGAUCGCAAGAGUGCUGCCCUCAUGAAGGACGUUAAGACCGUAGACGAGGAUGGAAAAGAGGAUGAAGAGGGCUAUGAGACGGAGGAGGAGAUUCCCGACAUGGAGGACGAGGAGGAAGACGAAGAGGCCAUUAUCCGCGAUCCCGGCAAAAAGGGCGGCGUCAASGAUGGCCUCCGCACAUACAMCCUCUAUAUCGCCUACUCUCCGUACUACCGCACGCCUCGACUGUACCUCUCCGGCUAUGAGGCUAGCACCAACCACCCUCUACCGCCGCUCAGCAUGAUGGAGGAUAUUGUCGGCGACUACAAAGACAAGACGGUCACUCUCGAAGACUUUGUCUUUACGGAUCCUCCCAUCAAGACAGCAUCGGUCCACCCUUGCAAGCAUGCCAGCGUGAUGAAAGUACUCCUCGACCGUGCAGAUGCUGCUCUGAAGCUACGUACGGAGAAGAYGAAGCACGGUGAGAAGCCGUCGGAUGCCGGCAUGGAGGGUCUCGUCGAACAGACCGCUGCUCUCCACCUUUCCAAUGACAAGUCGGCGCCCAAAGACAAGGACAACGAGGCGGACUGGGAAGUUCUCUCCUCGGACAGCCAACCCGAUGCAGAGGUACCGGCCAUUCGUGUGGAUCAAUACCUUGUGGUCUUCCUUAAAUUCAUGGCUUCGGUGACGCCGGGAAUCGAGCAUGACUUUACCAUGGGGGUCUGA